AGAAAUACAUUCUUUUAGAUUUAGUAACUGAACAUUUCAAUAUCAUUGAAAAUAAAAAAACAGAUGGUGUUUCACAGCAACAAAAAAUGAAGCAGUGGCAAAUACUUGCAGAUACUUUCAAUUGUAUGUCUGGAGAACAUCACAGGACUGCAGAAAAUUUAAAAGCGGUGUGGGAGAAUCUCAAAAAGCACACGCGAAAGACUUCUGCUGAUCAACGAGUUCAAGUAUUAACUGGAACAGGUGGAGGUCCUUCAAAAACAGUUAGUAAGGAUCCCAUUUGUGAGAGAGUGCAGAGCCUAAUCAAACCGACUAUCGAUGGUGCCAAGAAUCCCUUCGAUUCAGAUUCAGAUGCAAUAAUAUUACCAUUUGAUGCAUCAAAUAGGCCUACUGAUGAGGAUGACAGCAUUCAACUGGAUGUCGGAGCAGAAGUGGAUGUUUCUUUCGUGGAGACGGCAGAGACAGUAACUCUUCCAAAUGGCGACUGGACGCAUUAUACUCCAGCCAUGCUCAGCAGUCCUGUGUGUUCUGCCCUUCGACACUCCAAUAACAACUCGGCUAUCACAAACACAGUGCAGACCAAUACUACUGAUUCAUGCAGUGCAAGUAGUGGGAAGGCAAUGCCUCCUAGCAGUAGGGGAAAUGCUUCAGUGCAAUCUCCCUUUACUAGCAAGCGGCGACCAACCCCGGCCACCAAAGUGAAAGAAGUAAGUGCUGUCAAUGCAGCAAAAAUCGAACUAAUUGAACUUGCAAAAAAACAUGCAAUCGAGGAAAAAGAAGUUAUGAAAGAAAUCUGGGAACUGCGGUUACAACAAGAACGAGAAAAAGUAAAGCAGGAAAAGCUGCAAACUGAACUUUUAUCUUUACAAAUCUUGAAAAUAAAGAAAGAACUAGAACAUUUGCAGUAAUUUAAUUGUUCUUAUGUAUUAAACAUUUGCUCAACUAUCAUGACAUAAUUGUUAUAUAUUACAUGUAUAUUUACAAAGUGAUAUUCAUUGUGCCUAUUAACAAACAGU